UGCGAUUGAACGCCACAUUUUGGACUUCAAUGGUCGUGUCUCAUUUUCGGUAGCUGGGCUGAAAUGUGUGGAGAUGAGUCGAAAGGGCCUUUGGGGGUUUGGGUGGGAGUAAUGGGCAUAAAAGGGGCUUGAUAGUCAUGAUAUUCAAGUUAUUCAUUCAGAUUUUGCUCUAUAACAAUUAUAUUCAACAGAAAAAAAUGGCGGGAGGACUCCUUUCCCUGCUGAUUAUUGCAACUUGCGGCCUUUCAGUUGCUCUCAAAGCCGACAUCAGGGCAGAUUCCAACCGAGAUGGCAUAGUCGAUAUCCACGGAAGGUCUGACUUGCCCGAUAAAUUGAGCGACUCCAACGAUGCCGGCGCAAUCUUUCUCGCCAACAUUGGCGAUACGGACCGUCGCUGUUCGAAGUUGGCGCUUUCAGGACCCGCCCUAUCAAAUGAGGAGCUUGCAGCUUGUAACGACGCUUCUGAUGACAUUCAGAGGGCACCUCAAUACUUGGCACCACUACGUACGGUUCCCAUUCCAAAGCCAAAUCCGAAGGCAUCUGGGACCAUAACGAUACAAGACCCAAAUAGUCGCUCGAAGGUUCGCAUAUUUCGCCUCGAGGGAUCCCAAUGGAUUACCACAGGCAACGAGCAUGUGUUCUCUCAGCAUGAGCUUGCCGCAGGAUUGAAGCUCGGAAUCGAUGCUCGAGAUACUCGUCGUCCUGGCGUUUGGGAUGGUAGAGUUGCCGUCACCUUCACCGUACAUGAUGGCCGAUCUACCGCAAAAGACACGGUGAGUCUGCGAGUUGCGCCAGUAUUAACACAUCAUCACGCCCAAGCUGCGCGUGAGGUUUUUACCACGGCUGGAAAUUACUCUGAAGGCGCGAACUUCUUCCAAGGGUGGUUUGUGGAUAGACUGCAAAAUGCCCUCGAUAAGACCAGGGGAAGGUACCCAUUAACUCAAUUCCACGGCUCCGAUGAUAUCUGGGCCCAAGACUUUGUUGAGCCUGGGUAUACCAGCAUGCCUGGACCCAAUGGACCCAUCGUCCUGCAUAUUAUGAUCCGCUCCGCACAAGACGAACGUGUUGCGGGCCGUCAAGUCUUCGAGUACCUCCGCAAAUCGGGUGUGGGAGCUGUGCAGCACCUCGGCGGCGAACGGAACGAUAUCAACGCUAUGGGCAAUCUUGAGACAAUUCCACCGUACGAGUUUCGCGGCAAACGAUAUCGUGCGGGACGUAUAAUCAUGGGCGCUCAUAAUACCACCACGCCUUUCAUUAUGGACUACCUCCGUGCCCAGCAGGUGCAGGAUCCGCUUCUUCUCGAUACCGACUGCCUCGCUAUCGGCCAUGUCGAUGAAAUCGUCCAGUUCUUGCCUGUCAAUAGUCGCCGCGGCUGGGUCAUGCUGGUUGCCGACCCUAUUUCAGGAGUGGAAAUGCUCCAGAAUGCCGUGAAGCAUGGCCAUGGCGAUACGCGCGCAUUUUCUCGCGAAAACGACACUGUAGGGAAUCCGACUGAUCUAUUCAUGAUUCCUGGCGGUUUGCAUGGCGUCCCUGACGAUUCCAUUUCGGAGGUCCUAGCUUGGGAUGGUAUUCUAAAGGCCAACACUGCCAUCGCUGCAUGCAUGCAACGAAACAUCCGAAUCCUAAAGGCCGAGACUGGUAUUACAGACGCGGAGAUCAUUCGCAUGCCUGUAAUGUUUCGCACUGGCCUCGCCUUCGCUCCUGACAAUGGUAUUGGCCCGGAGCGGAACGCCAGCACCACGUUGGGAGUCUCACUGUACCCCAAUCCUAUUAAUGGGCUUGCGUUGAAUCAUGGCGAUAUAUUGGCGCCAACGCCUUGGGGCCCAGUUAUUGAUGGGGUGGAUAUCCUUGCUUCCGCUGUGCAAACGAUUUAUCGCAAGCUUGGAUAUCAAGUAAGUUUUGUUGAUAACUGGAAUUCACACCAUACGUGGGGCGGGGAGGUGCAUUGUGGAACCAAUGUUGUUCGAGAUGGGAAGCGGUGGUGGUAGUUUUGUUGUUUCGCCUGUGAGUUAGAGACGGACGGUGGAUGUUUUUGUUGUAGCAAGAGAUUGUUUGUUGUGCUACAUACCUAUUAAUUGUUAAUGGCUGUUGACAUACAUGAG